AUGGACUCCGAGGAUGACCCCUUGCUGCAGGAUGUGUGGCUAGAGGAGGAGCCGGAGGAGGAGGAGGCGAUGGGGGAGACCCUCUGCGGAGCACAGAAGUCUGGGCUGCACCCAGGCACAGGCAGGCAGUGUUGUCGAAGGCGCUGGGCAUGGCCCUCCCGGCCCCCGGCCUCUGGCUUCUGGAGCACUCUGGGCUGGGCCUUCACCAAUCCGUGCUGUGCAGGGCUGGUGCUCUUCCUGGGCUGCAGCAUCCCCAUGGCCCUGUCUGCAUUCAUGUUCCUCUACUCCCCGCCGCUGGACAUCGACAUCUCCUACAACGCCUUCGAGAUCCGGAACCACCAGGCCUCACAGCGUUUUGACGCCCUUGCCCUGGCGCUCAAGUCCCAGUUUGGGUCCUGGGGACGUAACCGGCGCGACUUGGCCGACUUCACCUCCGAGACGCUUCAGCGCCUCAUCUCCGAGCAACUGAAGCAGCUGCAUCUUGGGAAUCGCUCCAGGCCUGCGGCCAGGGACCCACGUGCCAUCGGAGGCUCGAGCUUCUCCUGGGACAUCGCAAGGGCCCCAAAGGCAGCAGCCAAUAGGAAUGGGCGUCAUCGGCGCGAAAUCCCACCCCUGGAGAGGCUGGUGGCCAACCAGAGCAAAGUCCUGCAGCAUCCCGACAAAAAUGGGCGGUACCAGCCCAGCGUCCCGCCCCCCGUUGGGAGCGCGGCCAACCAGAGCCGGGCUCGGCGGGGCGCCUCGCGUUGGGACUACUCCCGCGCCUAUGUGAGCGCCAACACGCAGACGCAUGCGCACUGGCGCAUCGAACUCAUCUUCCUGGCGCGGGGUGAUGCUGAGCGCAACAUUUUCACCAGUGAGCGGCUGGUCACCAUCCAUGAGAUCGAGCGCAAGAUCAUGGACCACCCGGGCUUCCGGGAGUUCUGCUGGAAGCCUCACGAGGUUCUUAAGGACCUGCCACUGGGCUCCUACUCCUACUGCUCCCCGCCGAGCUCGCUCAUGACCUACUUUUUCCCCACCGAGAGAGGUGGCAAGAUAUACUACGACGGCAUGGGCCAGGACCUGGCCGACAUCCGGGGCUCCCUUGAGCUGGCCAUGACUCACCCCGAGUUCUACUGGUAUGUGGACGAGGGCCUCUCUGCAGACAACCUCAAGAGCUCCCUCCUGCGCAGCGAGAUCCUGUUUGGAGCACCUCUGCCCAAUUACUACUCUGUGGACGACCGCUGGGAGGAGCAGCGGGCAAAGUUCCAGAGCUUCGUGGUCACCUACGUGGCCAUGCUGGCCAAGCAGUCUACUAGCAAAGUCCAGGUUCUCUACGGAGGAACAGACCUCUUUGACUAUGAGGUGCGGAGCACCUUCAACAACGACAUGCUCCUGGCCUUCAUCAGUAGCAGCUGCAUCGCCGCCCUGGUCUACAUUCUCACCUCUUGCUCAGUGUUCCUGUCCUUCUUUGGGAUUGCCAGCAUUGGCCUUAGCUGCCUGGUGGCACUCUUCCUGUACCACGUGGUGUUUGGCGUCCAGUACUUGGGCAUCCUCAACGGGGUGGCUGCUUUUGUGAUAGUGGGCAUUGGUGUGGACGACGUCUUCGUGUUCAUCAACACCUACCGCCAGGCCACCCAUCUGGAAGACCCGCAGCUGAGGAUGAUCCACACCAUUCAGACAGCCGGCAAGGCCACCUUCUUCACCUCCCUGACCACGGCCGCCGCCUAUGCAGCUAACGUCUUCUCCCAGAUCCCGGCGGUCCACGACUUCGGCCUGUUCAUGUCCCUCAUUGUGUCCUGCUGCUGGCUGGCCGUGCUCUUCACCAUGCCCGCCGCCCUGGGCCUCUGGAGCCUGUACCUGGCGCCCCUGGAGCAAUCCUGUCAGACCAGCUGCCACCAGAGCUGCAGUCGCAAGAGCUCGCUGCACUUUCCCAGGGAUGUUUUUGCCAUUGCUGAGCGGGUCGGCGGCUGCCCUGCCCAGGGCCCUAUCCCCUACCUGGAUGAUGACAUCCCCUUGCUGAACGUGGAGGAAGAGCCAGUGUCGCUGGAGCUGGGAGACGUGGCCCUGGUGUCCAUGCCCCCCGAGGGCCUGCAGCCAGCCCCUGACAGGAGCAGCCGGGGCCAGCUCAUCACCCAACUACAGGAGCUGCUGCACCACUGGGUCCUGUGGUCAGCCGUCAAGAGCCGCUGGGUCAUCGUGGGCCUUUUUGUGUCCACCCUCAUCCUGUCCCUGGUGUUCGCCAGCCGGCUCCGCCCCGCCAGCCGGGCCCCGCUGCUCUUCCGGCCCGACACCAACAUCCAGGUGCUGCUGGAUCUCAAGUACAACCUGAGCGCCGAGGGCAUCUCCUGCAUCACCUGCUCAGGUCUGUUCCAGGAGAAGCCCCACAGCCUGCAGAGCAACAUCCGGACAUCCCUGGAGAAGAGGAAGAGAGGUUCGGGGCUGGCCUGGGCCAGUCGGCCUGAGGCGGCUCAGCAGGAGGCCCUGGGCACCGUGUACAUCUCCACUGUGAAGGGACAAGGCCACCCGGCCAUCUACAGGCUCUCCCUGAACGCCAGCCUGCCUGACCCCUGGCAGGCCGUGUCCCCCGGGGACGGAGAAGUGCCCUCCUUCCAGGGUCAGACAGGCAGCGGCAGAGUCACGACACGUGCUCUGAAGGAAACACUGGAGCUGCGGGAGGAGAGCCCAGCAGGGCCACUGACCAGUGGGGAGCCCAGUCUCUGGCAGGGGACGCCCUUCAGGGCCUCGGGCACCCACAUGGGGCUGAACCGUUGGUUUGGAGGCGGGAAUCGCUGGGUGUUUUCCAGCCUGGCGCUCCAUGAUCCAGAGUGGGCGGCCACUCCGCCUUGUGUCUCCUUGGGAAAGGGCAGCGUCAUCUACGACGGCAGCUUUGACCUCUUCAAAGAAAUCGGGCACCUGUGUCGCCUCUGCAAGGCCAUCGGGGGGAACUCGGAGCUGGUGAAGCCCGGUGGGGCUCAGUGCCUGCCCUCAGGCUACAGCAUCUCCUCCUUCCUGCAGAUGUUGCAUCCUGAAUGCAAGGAGCUGCCCGAGCCCAACCUGCUCCCCGGGCAGCUGUCCCACGGGGCCGUGGGCGUCAAGGAGGGCCGCGUGCAGUGGAUCUCCAUGGCCUUCGAGUCGACCACGUACAAGGGCAAGUCCUCCUUCCAGACCUACUCGGACUACCUGCGCUGGGAGAGCUUCCUGCAGCAGCAGCUGCAGCGCUUCCCCGAGGACUCGGCCCUGCGGCACGGCUUCCAGACCUGCGAGCACUGGAAGCAGAUCUUCAUGGAGAUCAUCGGCGUGCAGAGCGCCCUGUACGGCCUGCUGCUCUCCCUGCUCAUCUGCGUGGCUGCCGUCGCCGUCUUCACCACCCACAUCCUGCUGCUGCUGCCCGUGCUCCUGAGCAUCUUGGGCAUCGUCUGCCUCGUGGUGACCAUCAUGUACUGGAGCGGCUGGGAGAUGGGGGCCGUGGAAGCCAUCUCCCUCUCCAUCCUGGUGGGCUCUUCCGUGGACUACUGCGUCCACCUGGUCGAAGGCUAUCUGCUGGCUGGCGAGAACCUGCCCCCGCACCAGGCUGAGACCCCCUCACCCUCACGUCUGAGCUCUGACAGCAGCUCCAGCAUUCCUGACGUAGGGGACAUCAAGGGCCACGAGAAGGUGGAGAUCGGGAACAGGGAGGACCGCAGGAGGAUGGGCUUCCGACCCGAAGAGGGCGGCUGGAUGGAUGCCCUGGGCCUUGGCCCCUCGGUGCCACACCAGGGCCAAGGGAAGCUACAAGCUGCCGAGGCCAAUCAGGCCAAGAGCCGGCACACCACCUCCUCCAGGAAGCCCACCCUGAGCGUGAGCACCAAGGGCGCUGGCUAUUCCUCCCGGGGCCUCCUUGCCACCCUGUGGGACCAGAAGGGAAUUGAUGAUGGCAGUGAGUUUGGGCUUUGGCAUCCCCUGCUGACCGCCGUCAAAGCACUCGAAGACCCACACCUCGGCCCUGGCCACUCCGUCUGCAGCGUGGUGGUGGUGGUGGUGGUGGUGGCGGCGGCGGCCUGGGGGCCGGUAGCGGCAGCCCAGGGCAGUAACCCUGCUGACAGUUAA